AUCAUAUUUCCAUAAGCGUGGGUCCACAUCAUUCUAUCUGCUCAAUUGCAACAAAAUCAAAGUUUUUCUGGAAAACAAUUGCCUAACCAAAAUGAGUCCGCGAAAAUCACCACAGAAACAAAAAGAAUCGAAAACAUCGUCAAAAAGAGCAUCCCCAAGGAUUGUUCAAUCACGCCACAAAUCAUGCAGUGUUGUGCUAAGUCGAGCUUCAGUUAAAACCACCAAAAUGGCCGCUGCAAAUCCCAAAAAUCAAACACUAUCGACAGUCAUUGAUGUACGUGCUCGUAAAUCGUUUCCUAACUCACUCACCCACAAUGCCACACAACAAUUGCAAUUGGUCCAGAAAACGCCACUUGAAUUGUUAUACGAACACCAGAUGAACAAAUCGAUUGAAGGGUUGGUUUCAUCAAUGAAAACCACCUUCCAAGAAAAUGUGGCCGCACUCAUUGAUGCCAUCGAAGCGCAAGUCCAGCCGAAUGUGUUCCAAAGUGAAGUGGCCCGAAUGAAGGCAAAUCAUGCCAACGAAAUUGCCGAUUUAAAGAAAAGACAUUCGCAUGCAAUGGCCGACAUAGAAGCGGGAUACCGAGCACGGCUAGAGCAAGCACAACGCGAAAAAGAUUUGGCCGUCGAAGAUGCCAAGAAGAAGCAAUGGUGCCCAGGCUGUGGCAAAGGGACAAAGCACAAAAUGAUGAUGUUUUGUAACAGCAGGUGCCAGAAGAAACUUCUCGAUUCUUACAAGAAACAAUCGUGCGACAACAUGAUGUCGGAAUCUGAACAAGAAUAAAUCAACCUUUGCAUGGGAAUCGCUGCGCAUAUGACCAUCGUCUUCAUUCAAUUUUACAUUUUUAUAUUGUUUUUAUUAUGUUUUUCAUUUUUUAAGCCGAGAAGACCUUACGAAAAUCAUCAUUUCGCCCCAAAACACACUCUUUCAAAAAAAAACGAAACCACUUAGAGCCGAAAAGAAGUCAAUAUUUCAGCAAAAUAUCAUUCCGUUUUCAAUUCAUCCGAUUCAAUUGAACCAAUUGUAACUAAAAUUCAUUCAAAUUGUGCAUAUUCAACACCGAAAAACACCAAAAUCGUAUAAUGUUCCCCAAUGAUUUUAAAACGUAAUUAAACUUAAAUUGUUUAUCAAACAAUUCAGUUGACCUUGUUUCAAGCAAAUUCUCUUGCAUUUCAAACUUUAUUCGUAUUUCGAAUCAAUCGAUAUGUUUAUG